AUGAACGUCAUUAAAUUACAGAGAAAAUUUCCAGUGCUAACGCAGGAGGAUGUUUUUAGCACGAUCGAAAAGUUCCGGGCCAUUGACUUGGACGACCGCGGCUGGGUUGAGAAGCGAGAGGUGUUGGAAGCCGUUUCACAGUCGGGAGACGCGUCAUACGAUGAGGCUCGUGAAACGCUGAAACAGGUGAAUGUGGACGCUUCAGGACGUGUUGAAUUGGACGAUUACGUCGAGCUCGUUGCUAAGUUAAAGGAAAACAAGGCCGGUGCGCCGCCGGCUACGAGUUUCAACGUGGGCUCGGGCCCUUCUGCUGCUCCUGUCACACCGUCACACGCGGGGCUAAAACACACCGGCACCGGUGCACAAGCCAAGAUUAUUGUCGGUGGCUCGACGACUGGAACCACCCACACGAUCAAUGAAGAAGAAAGACGAGAGUUCACAAAACAUAUCAACAGCGUGUUGGCUGGUGAUCAAGACAUAGGUGAUAGACUACCCUUCGCCGAAGACACCUUUGAACUGUUUGAUGAUUGCAGAGAUGGUUUGGUGCUCUCCAAGCUCAUCAAUGAUUCUGUACCAGACACUAUAGAUACAAGAGUUUUGAACUGGCCAAAAAAUGGUAAGAGGCUGAACAAUUUCACCGCUAGCGAAAACGCUAAUAUAGUAAUAAACUCCGCAAAAGCCAUUGGUUGCGUAGUGGUCAAUGUUCACUCGGAGGACAUCAUUGAGGGGAAAGAACAUUUGAUUCUAGGUCUUAUUUGGCAAAUCAUCCGCAGAGGUUUAUUGAGCAAGAUCGACAUUAAGGUUCACCCGGAGCUUUACCGUCUACUGGAGGAAGACGAAACUUUAGAACAGUUCUUGAGGCUUCCUCCGGAACAAAUUUUGCUCCGGUGGUUCAAUUAUCAUUUAAAAAAGGCCAACUGGCAAAGGAGGGUCGCGAAUUUUUCCAAGGACGUUUCCGAUGGCGAAAACUACACUGUUUUACUCAACCAGCUAGCCCCAACCCUAUGCUCAACCGCCCCAUUACAAACUAGUGACCUUUUGACGAGGGCUGAGCAAGUCUUGGCCAAUGCAGAGAAGCUGGACUGCAGGAAGUACUUAACGCCAAGAUCGCUUGUGGCGGGGAAUCCAAAAUUGAAUUUGGCCUUUGUUGCGCAUUUAUUCAACACCCAUCCUGGAUUAGAACCUGUUGAGGAAUUUGAGAAACCAGAUAUUGAAGAGUUCGAUGCCGAAGGCGAGAGAGAAGCUCGGGUAUUCACUCUAUGGUUGAAUUCCUUAGACGUCGAUCCGGCCAUCGUAUCGCUGUUUGAAGAUUUGAAAGAUGGCCUCAUUCUCUUGCAAGCAUAUGAAAAGGUUAUGCCUGGUGCUGUUAAUUUUAAGAUUGUCAAUAAAAGGCCGUCGUCCGGAGCAGAGCUCUCAAGAUUCAAAGCUUUGGAAAACAACAACUAUGCUGUCGACUUAGGUAAAUCAAGGGGAUUUUCAUUAGUUGGUAUUGAAGGAUCAGACAUUGUUGACGGCAAUAAGCUGUUAACUCUGGGUCUGGUUUGGCAGUUGAUGCGCAGAAACAUUGUCAACACCAUGAAAACUUUACAGACUGAUGGAAGAGAAAUGACCGAUGGCCAAAUUUUGAAAUGGGCCCAGGAACAAGUUGCGAAGGGCGGCAAAUCAUCUACUGUUCGCUCAUUCAGCGAUCCUAACCUGUCCAGUGCUCAUUUCCUCUUAGAUGUAUUGAAUGGAAUUGCACCAGGGUAUGUCGAUUACGAACUUGUCACUUCUGGAACAUCUGAUGAUGACAAAUAUGCGAACGCGCGUCUUGCUAUCUCUAUCGCAAGAAAGCUGGGCGCUUUGAUUUGGCUUGUACCUGAAGAUAUCAAUGAGGUUCGCCCGAGAUUGAUCCUGACUUUUGUGGCUUCGCUCAUGGCUUUGAAGCGCUAA